AUGAGCGCCUCUAACGCUGAGCCUGUUCCUGUGGUGAAGAGCCAAAGCUUGGACUUUAUUUCAUCAAUCCCCUUGAUUUCCGGUGCUGUGAACUAUGCUAUGUCAUUUGUUCACUCGUACCCUAUCCUGCAACGCGCUUACAACUUGGGAGAAAACACUACAGUCAAAGCACUGCACUUCUUUUCACCUGUUCUGGAUGCUUUGCACACACCACUUGCUCAGGUUGACAACUUUGUUUUAAAAACCCUUACUUUCACUAAGAGCAAGAUUCCUUACCCAUUUGAAGUGAAGUGGGAGGAGCUAUACGCUAAAAGCCAGAUCCCCAUCGAGAAUGUUCAUAAGGUUGUGGAUGACUAUCGCCACAAGACUAUGGACAUGUAUGAUACACAUGUGAAGGGUACAGCAAAGAGUUUGUUUGAGCAGACCGGAAAGGCUAUGGAACAACUUCAGCAAACAGAGAACGUGUACUUGCAGAAGGCCGGCGAGACUAUCAGCAAGAUGCAGGAAAGUCUGGCCAGUGUCUCUAAGGAAUAUGCCGAUAAGUCAAAGGAGGAUGUUGCUUUCGGUGAAAAGAAAGCAGAGGGUCUAUACAACAGCAUUUUCUCGGAGCUCGACAACCUGCAAAAGUUUGCGAAGACGCUGCCUGCUGAGGGUCAGAAGCGUAUGGAACCUUUCAUGGAACUGUUCAACAAGACAUACAAGGAUCUUUCUUCGGAGGCUACGGAUGCGAAAGUACCUAUUCAGGAGCGCCUGACGAAGUCUGCUGGUUACUUGCAGAACAAGACCUUGCCAGAGCUGCAGAAGCUUGUCUAUGACAACCUUAAGAAGGCCGAUGCCAAAAAGACAGAGUAA